AUGUCAGGAAUCUCUGUUCAAACUGGUAAAAAAAGCAGCAGUAGGACUGUAGCAACUAAGAAACUCAUCAUUGACGAAUACAAAAGAAGAUUAAAAGAUAAUAUACGAUCGUUGAGUGACAAUUUCAACCAAAUUAUUCAGAAUACUAAGAUUAAUGUUGAUGAGCAGGCUAAUAAGCUUCCAGGCAAUAAAAUGACAGAGUUCUAUGUUGUGAAAAACGAAAUGAGUGUGAGAGCAGCUCUAAUUGCUCGUGCAUGUGAUGAACUUCUCAAGCUAACCAAUGAUCUCAAAGAGUUCCUAGUUCUACAUGACUUUAACUUUCUGACACAUGCCAUCAAAGCAGCUGAAGAAGAAUGCGAUUUGAAAAUGAAUGUUCAAAUUCAAAAACAUAAUGAAAUGCGCUUUGAUGUGACCAACCUACUAACUGAUCUCGAUAGGGAAUAUGCUGAUAACUAUACGUUCAGGCACUAG